UUCAUUAGAGGGCUAGCUUGCUAAAUUCAUCUGAUUUUUUCCAGCACCCAUCGGCGCCUUGCUGAAGCCGGGCAAAUGGCGGACCUCAACCAUCUCAAACGCCGGACAAGGGCGGAUUACCCCUACAUUCUCGAGUACCGGACCCGAUGGACCGACAACGACAUGUACGACCAUAUGAACAACUCCAUUUACAAUUUCCUCUACGACUCCGUCAUCAACACGUAUCUAAUCGAGCACUGCGGUCUCCAUCCCCCAACUUCACCACAGUACGGCAUGGUUGUUCACUCCCACAACGACUAUUUUGCCUCCAUCUCGUUCCCCGCCUGUGCAGAGCUUGCUCUUCGCGUCAAUCGCAUUGGCAAUUCGAGCGUCACCUACGAGAUAGCUCUCUUCGAGAAAGGCCAGGAUGCCGUCAGAUCCGUGGGCGAGUUCGUCCAGGUCUUUGUGGACCGCGACACUGCGAGGCCAAGUGCUAAGGGCAUGAAUCACGAGCUGCGCCGAGGGCUGGAACGCAUACUUGUUGCUCAGAACCGUCAAAGUAAGAUUUAAACAGUGCUACUGAGAACUCCUGCUUGGUUACUCGCCGUGGGUUCCAAAGGUGGCCCGGUGAGCCAGUAAAGCAACGGACUCAUUGAGUGAGGGCGGCCACAGUUGAUUGGGAGUGCAAGGAAUCAAGAAUACUACUCCCAAACCCUCCAUUUUCAUGAGACCACUCAUACAACCCUCCAACAACCGGAUGUGCAAACAAACACCUUGGUGCGCUCUCCGCUAUCAUGGGGAUAGUGUUAAAAUGGAAUCACUAGGAUAGUCAGGACUUUAGACGAAAAAAUCACAUACAACACCAGGAAUUCGCUGGUCGUCACCGACCCAACUACUAAUCUGGCCCUUGGUAGCUUAUCAAGGGGAGAUCGAACGGGAUCCCGAGUUUUCUACCAGGUAUGAUCGU